UUUCGCAAAAACCGCCGCAAAAUGAGUAAUUGAGGCGCUUGUUCAGGCGGUUAAGCCAGCCGCCGCAGUUUUUGUGCGAUUUGCGGCGGUUAUUUUCAAUUAUUAGCGGUUUUUUACGCGUUUGCGGCGGUUAAACCUGAGGCGGUUCAACCAGGCGCCGCAGAAUGAUUAAACCAGAAAACCUAAAAUAAACCCCACCUCACUUCACGAUUCCAAAUCGCGAUUUUCAUCUCACCUCACUUCACGAUUCCUUCACUGUUCUCAGCCUCUCUCAGAUCGCAUUCCUUCACUUCACGAUUCCCACUCCAUGGCGAACUCUGAUUGAACCUCUCAGCGAUGGCGAACUCCAUGGCUUGAACCUUUCAGAUCGCGACUCCCACCUCACCUCAUGGAUUGAAGGUUUGUGGUUUGCUUAGGAAUUAGGGCUCAAAUUUCUCUUGUUUUGGCAAAAUCGAGUGGUUUCCUGGGUUUGAUUUCUUCCACUGCGCACGCUCUGCUUCGGAUCCAAACAAGGUGGCAUUUAGGACCAAGGUAUUUCACCCAAAGAUCAACAGUAAUGGCAGUAUAUGCCUUGACAUUCUUAAAGAACAGUGGAGUCCAGCACUAACCAUUUCCAAGGAAAUCGAAACUGGCCGAUCCUAUAGUAGAGCGGAAAUGUACUCCAUUUCACACAAGAAAAGUGAUGGCUCUUUUGUAAAUGAAGAAGCAAAACAAAAGAGUGAUUUAUUGGAGAAGGAACUUGAAAAGAAUUGUUCUGAAGAGGCUGCCUAUGUUAAAGUUUUUGGGAAAGAUCGCCCAAGAUACGUGAGAGGCAUGGGCUUUGGUGUUUGUCCAUCUCAAGUGUUGGAAUCUGGUAGCAGCUCUAGUAGCUCGCAAUUUGCUGGCAUCACAUUGGCUGAAUGGAAUGCCAUGCAAUCAAAAUUUCAAGCUUUAGAGGAACGAAUGAAUUCUUUCAUUCAACAGUUUGGAGGUCAAGGGCCACCUAACCAGUUUGCACAUCCCAAAGUAGUCCCUCAACCUAUGGUUUUCUUGGAUGAUGCAAUCCUUACUUCUAUUCUGUAAGUUUCUUUUUAUGAAUCAUUUGAAUACAUUUGGGUGGAUGAAAGUGCUAGUACAUUUGACAUAUUUCCAAGGUGUUUGUAAGCUAAAUAUGAUGUUAGCAAGUGUGCAUGCUGUUUUAUUUAAAUAGAUCAUUUUAUAAAGAUUAUAAGCUUCAUUUUAUUUAAAGAGGUCA